AUGAUGGGACGCGCCUUCCUACCGCUGCCGCUGCCUCUGCUCGCGCUGGCCGGCGCCGCGGCGGCCACGGCGCCCGCCUGGCCAGCGUGGCCGCUGCAAGCCCUGCCGGGGGCCGCGCGGACGCCCGACUGCCGCCGCCAGGCCGAGGACCUCCUCACGGCGCUACACAAUUUCACCUUCUGGGCCGUAGCCAUGGUCGACGCGAGUGCCAAGUUGGGCUCUGGAGUGCUGACGAACCCCACGCAGCUGGGAGACUUCGACGAGUGCGUGCUCGCCGCCCGCGGCCGCUACUGCCUGGCCCACGUCACGCUGACCGCCCCAGAAAGGCUGCCGCCCUGUCAGGGGCAACAUUGCUCAGCGUGGCACCACGUCAGGGGGCGCCAGCACCGCCUAGAGCGGCGCCGCGACGUCUUCCGGUGGGGCGUGUGUCUCCCGUCGUCGUGCGGGCCCGACGACGCCGCCUCCCUCGUUCGUCACGCAGCGGCUCUCGCGCUGCCCCCGGAGGCGGAGGCGCGCGUCGCCGUCUCCAGCGACGCCUGCCACAGCAGCGGCGACCGCGACGGCCGCCGCCUCGCGCCGCACCCGCUCCUGCUGCUGGCUCUGGCGGUGUACUGUGGCGCACUGGUGAUGUGCACGCUGCGCCACUGGGGGCAGCAUCAAACCUCUGGGUCGCCGAGAGUUGCCGAGCCGUGGACGGAGUCGCUGUCGGUGUUGUCCGGCUGGCGGCAGCUGACGGAGCGCUUCGAGCCGCCUGCCGGCCACCUCUCCUGCCUGGACGGGCUGCGGGCGCUCACCUCCGCCCUCGUCGUCUUCGGGCACCGCGCCGACGCCUUCACAUCAGGGCCGCUCGUCAACGCCGACGAAAUCGAGACGCUCUACGAAGGCGUGCUGGAUGCGAUCCUCAUGAACGGCCACCUGAUCGUGGACACCUUCUUCACCAUCAGCGGCUGCCUGGUUGCACUCAAGCUGAUGGCCCUCUGGGACUCUGGUAAACCAGUCUCUUUGUCGCGCCUGUACAUCUACCGCUACCUCAGGAUGACGCCGGCGUACGCGGCGGUGUUGGUGUUCCAGCUUUACUGUCUCUACGGGCUGGGAUCGGGCCCGCUCUGGAAGCAGAAGGUGGGCCGCGAGGUGGACAACUGCCGCGCGAACCUCUGGACCAACCUGCUGCACGUCAACAACUACGUGCACGCCGAACGCCCGUGCUUGGAGCCGUCGUGGUACGUGUCGGUGGACAUGCAGCUGUUUGCCCUGGCGCCGUGGCUGCUGCUGGCCGUACGCCGCUACGGAGCGCCCGCAGGGCUCUCCGCGCUGGUGUUCGCCACGGCCGUCCCCGCCGCCGUCACCUUCUGCAGGGGGCUGGACCCCACCUUCAUACCGGACCCCUCGACCCUGGGCAACAACACGACCACACGCACGUACCUGGAGGCAUACGUGACGACGCACUGCCGCGCCGGCGCCUUCGUGGUGGGCCUGCUGUUCGGCUGCUGGCUGCACCGCCUCAGGGCCUCCAAGGAGCGGGAGUCGCCGCCUGCCGUACUGUCCCUGUACCCACUGACAAUGCUAUCCUCCCUGGGCGUGGUAUCCGUGGGUUGGCUGCUGUACCAGCCGGCGCUAUCGCUGCCGCCGUGGAUGGCCGCUGCCUACGCCGGCCUGCACAGACCUGUCUACGCUGUUGGCGUCGGCAUGCUCAUCACUGCAUGCGCCAUGGGACAAGCUGGACUGGUGGACGGCAUCCUGUCGCACCCCGUGUUCCGCAUACCGAGCCGCCUCACCUACUGCCUCUACCUGACCCACUCCGUCGCGCAGAUGGUCCACUACGCCUCUGCGAGGUCACCGGAAUACCUGUCACACAUCCACGUGGUGUGGCUGGCGAUCGCUGAUUACGUGGUUGCCAUGGGUCUGGCACUCCUGCUUCAUCUCCUGGUCGAGGCGCCAAUGCUCGCCCUCACCAGACACAUGUUCUUCAACAGAGCACCAUCUUCCAAUGUCGAAGUACAGAAGAGUUCACCUGGAAAAUCGUGGCUGUCCAAGUUCACGGUGGGCCUGGCUAUAGCAGCGUGGAGCAAAACAGUUCACUUCUUUUUCUACGAACCGUGGUUUGUGAUCACCAGGAAAGUAAAGGGGUCAUAACUCUGAUACUGUUCAUUCCUAUCUCAUUUCGAAAGGUCUUACCUUCGCCACUUUCAUGACACCUGCGGCUAAUUCGCUUCUCUGAUAGGGACAUUAUUUCUUUUUGUGUCCAACUGAAACUGUGCUGGAUGAAUGGAAACAAAAUCCAAACAAGUUUAGUGCCAGUGAGACUAGAAAUGUAACUAUCAAUAUUGGAAGGAAAUUUCUGCUACGUGCAAGUAUACUCUUCAUUACUAUUUAUUUACAAAUUCCCAGAGGCUAAUCGGCAGAAACGAGCAAGAUUUGAGUUCGAUUCUCCUCUUAAUUAGCGCUUUUUUAUUGAUCAUAUAGACAAAUGAGCCAAGUUUUGUCUAAAUUUUAUGGCAAAAAGUUCGUAGUUCUGAUACUGAAAUCUAGCACCAGUCACGCCAUAUAUAGAAAUAAAUGUACUGUGUCAGCAUACCCUGAAAUCCGUAAUCACAGUUGGAUGUUUCAAAUUAUGUCGUAAAACGCUAAUUGCUACCGAUCUUAGUCUCCAUUCAUGUCGAAAGUGUAGGCUGAGUCACGUAAGAACAAAGGUAACCGACACUCGGAAUUUUAAGUUCAAAGUCACAAAAACAUUUACUGGCAAAAACCGGCUCCACUAGUUGGGACUUAUUUUCAAGACGCACUGUUCACCUCUCGCCUGCGACAUGUCUCCUUAUACGAGCAAGAGCACUUCAGAACUUUGCAAUUUAUACAUACAUUGACUAUUAAAGAGCAAUUGAAACUGUGCAUUCGACUGGAACAGUCAUUGUACAACAUUGUCUGUAUCCUAUUCCACUCUUUCUACUGUAGUGUUGGAUUAAACUUUAUUUCU